AUGGUGCUCGCCAUUCUCCGUUCCAUGGUCGCUUUGAAGCAGUGCAACCUCAGCUUUAAUCCCCUGGUGCAACCUUGGCAGACGAACUGCCACGUGGAACCGUUUUUGAAAUUGACAGAUUUGGCUCUGAACAACACCAACAUACAGUGGGACGCUCUGAUGAAUUUACUCAAGGCCUGUCCGAAUUUGCAAGAACUCCACCUCAGUCUCAAUGACUUUUCCAUGAAACCGGAACCUCAGAGCGGCGACGAUGACAGUACCUCAUCUCAGCCGUGUUUUGACAGCGUACGCAUCCUUGCCAUCGAUCAGUGUUGCAUGACUCACUGGGAGAGGGUAACGGCGGUGUGCCGCUACUUUCCUAAUCUGCAGGGCCUAAUCGCUUCCGGCAACGAGGUAGCGGAGUUCGGCUCGUCCGAAAGCAUAAAGAGGCAAUUCCGGAUGCUCGAAUCAUUAAACGUCAAUCACUGGCGAAUCAACGACUGGGACUCGUUGAAUGUGUUCCGCGUUUUCCCUUCUUUGCGCAGCCUCCGCCUCAAGAGCAUUCCCUUGUUCGAGAAUUUAGACGACAAGCAGCGCAUACGCUUAGCCAUCGCCUGUCUUCCGUCCAUCGUUGUCCUUAACGGCACCAAUGUGGAGGAUGACAGGCGCGAGGACUCUGAGCGCUACUUCAUCAGGCACUUUCUGGACGUGCCUGCGAAACCCGAACGGUAUUACGAGCUGGUGGCAAUACAUGGCCAUCUGCAACCGUUGCUCGACAUCGACCUGUCACCAAAACUGACCGCCGACGUGAUGGUCGUCUACGAGGACACAAACAAAAAGGAACUAGUGGAAGUAACGGCUUUGGGCUACUUUUCCAGUGAUCUGUAUCAUCUCCUAACCGAACAGGGUCCAAAGACUGGAUACAGAGCAUGA